AUGAGCCAUUAUACAGACAAUCAAUCCCGGGCUGUGCUUGAUAAAGCCGAAAAAAGACUGGACAUGCUUGAAAAGUUACCCAACCAGCAGUGGACUCUUGUAAAUAACACUACUUCAAAAGACAAGAUCUAUCGUACAUAUACCACCAGUGACGAUCACCCAACUUGGAAAGUCGAAAAACAACUCCAUGCCAACCAAACUAACCUCGACUAUAUAAAGACAUGUUUAUUAACCAUUGAUUUGCGGCCGCAAUGGUAUCCUUGGUUCACUGAAUAUAAAGUAUUGGAUAAACCGAGUUCUCAUGUUCAUAUCAUUCAAGCAAAAACAACAGACGACCAUAGUAUAGAUUGGGUAGAGAAAGUGAUGGAGAGAAAACGUCAGGUUAGAUAUGUUGCUUGUUCAAUGCAUUCUGCUAUCAACUACUAUUUAGCAAUACAUGUUGAGACAAGCAAUGGUGGUAGCACACGUGCGGUUGUUUACUACCAAUGGGAUCCAUCGACUGCUACACAUACCAGUGACAUACUUUCCUCAGUCCUGGACAACCUAUGUAAUCUAUGCAUAUUUUCAUGGAUCAGUCAAUCUGAUAAAGCAAUUGAUAUCAAACGUAUUUCAUACACACAAGAUACAUGCGAAAUUGACUAUACUUGUCAACAGAAAGAAACAAAAUUGCCUGCUCCAGCUGUAGAUAUUCAUAAAAUAAACCAACAACACAGAUGGCAUAGUGGAUCAUGGGAUCAACAGUCUUCUCUCAGUCAAACACUACGGAAAAACAAAUUUCUAUCUUCUUCCUCUCUUGUGUUCAAUUCAGCAUCUUCUUCACCUCAACUUCAUCCAAUCACUCGAUCCUCUUAUCCCGAAAAUCAACAUAUGUUUCCCUGGCUUAUAGAGGAUGAAAGAGAAGAACGAGACUUGCUUUAUAAGCAACUUGAUUCAGACGAAUUACGGAUUCAAGCAACCGAUAUGCCUCAACUGUCUAUUUCACUUGUUGAUAAGCAAGAAUGGUCUGAUAAGUUUGCUCAACUUUAUGUUCGCUGCUUUUAUCGCCAACCACUGAGCAAUAAAGCAAAUUAUGUGAUUCAGAUACUUCAUCCUCAUAAAUGGAUGCAAUACUUUAAAGAACACGAAGAAGAAACAAUGCGGUUAGAUGAUGAAGAUGAAAUGACACCUAUUCAUGUGAAACUCGUCUUGCGAAAAUCAAAAGAUAGCCGAUGUACAGUCAAUAAUAAUGAGUGGCCAAUCAGAUCAUGGCGUUUGUCCAGCAGUGAUGAAGAAGAAAACGAUAGUUGCCAUACAGAUGAGGAUGAAGAUAUCUUUGUAGAUGGUAUGGAAGAAAUCAAUUCGCCCAAACAGACCGAAAUGCCUAAAAUAAAUAUUCCGCUUAUGAAGCCAUCUUCUUCUGCACCUGUUCCUACACUACAAACAUUGCCUCAGCAUGAUGUACCAUUCGCUGAAUUCGAAGAGAAAAAGGCUGCUUCGAUUCAAGAACCUGUAGAUACAACAUCUUUUGUAGAUACUAUUCCCAUAGAAAAAACAAAGGAACCCAAUAUACCCUCUUUAUCUCAAGAAGCGGAUCAAUUGCCUGAAACAGAUCCAGCAGCACUUUUGAAGGUAUAUCCACAAUUUAUUGAAUAUCUUCAACUAUCUUCUUCACCUAUCGUUCAAGCACCCACCCGAGAAAACGGUUAUGUGACAGUACGACGAUUUGACAUUGCUCAUCAUCCUAUGGGAGGCUUCUUGAGUGAAUCUAUUUGGAAAGAUUGUAGUAUUUGGGAUAUUAAGGCAGUCAUUGAAAGCACAGGUGCUCGUCGGAUCUGGGACAAUACGUUUGAAAGCACUACACUUUUACAUGCUCUCACACCCACCAGUUCAUUAUGGCACACAAAAGUCAAAGGUGCCUGGCCUAUUCAGCCACGCGACUACGUUUGUUUUCAUGGUCAGUACACAUCAUCAGGUGUACCCCGAAUUGAUCUGCUGUCGACGUCUUGUCUCGGUGAUUCAUUUCAAUACAAACCGCUACCACCUAAACAAAUACCUGGUUACACCCGUGCCAUCAUGGACAUCAUGGGCUGGCGAUUGGAACGUGUGGACGAAACAAAGGCUCUUGUUCGCCAAGUGCUUGUGACUCAGUUUCCUUCUUGGGUCAUUCAGUACAUUACAAGUCGGUUUUCGGUACAGACAUGUUCUGCUGUUCAGUUUGCACAAGACUAUCUUGAGAAACAUGGUGCUCCUCCGAGCCUUGAAAGCCUAAGUUGUGCUUUGCUUGUGGAUGUCAAGCAUGACCAUGAACGUAAAAGCUGGCGUUGUGAAUACACACGUCGUACCGAUAAGAAUGAAUCAGAUGUAGGCCCAUUGAACACACCAAGCACCGUAUCUGUGAUUCGGUUAGAUAAGAGAAGAUGGGCUACUCGCAAUGCUUAUGCUGUGGUCAUUGAUCCUCCACCAUCGCGUGUCUCGGCUACAGAAAAGAGUUGUGAUCCUUAUGGCGUAUGGCUUACAGUAGAACAUGAUGAGGCAUUUAUCAUUCCUUUACGAGGCAAGAUUCUAGUGCUUAUUAAGCCUGAAGAAUCACCCUCAAACCAUAAUGAAGGUUGCUUGUUAAACGUCAAUGGGAUUGCUACUCCUAUUCAAAGAGAAGAAACCAAACUCAUUCCGACACCAAAACCUAAAGAAGAAAAGACGGCUGUAGAACCCGAAUUGACAGAGGAAGAACAAGCCAGUGCAGCGCUCGAUAAAGUAUCACCCAAAGAUCAUGCACAAGCUGCAUUAUUGUUUUUAAAACAAACAGAUGAACAGUUCGGAUGGACAGUCCUUUCUGAUAAUCACAAAUCGGGUAUGCGUAUCAGCAAAAAACCUGGCAUUAAAAACAGCCAGUUGCCAUUGAAAGACAACCAUGAAAUGCCCUCUAAAUUACAAGUGUUUGAUCCUUAUAUGGUCUACAAGGGCACCAAAGUAAUUGAAAACUUUUCUGCUGAUGAAGUACUAGCUGUUGUUAAAGAUACAGACUAUGUUCGAAUACAGUAUGACGAUACCAUUGAAUCGCCUAUUGAGCUUGUACGACAAACCAAUUAUCCUGCAUGUAAAGUCAUUCGCUAUGCUGUCAAGGCCAUGUUUCCAUUCAAAAAUCGGGAAGUGUAUGCUGUCUCUUGUUUAGCACACGAAACAUUAUCUUCCAAACGUACAUUUUACAUUGAAAGCUCAUUACCGGAUUUUCCUCUCAUCAAUCCCAAAAAGACAAGAGGCCAUUUGUUUAUGUCUGGCUGGAUUUUAGAAGAAAUUGAUCCUUACAAUACAACGACAGCUAACCAUCCUAUUCCUUCUACACGGAUUACUUAUGUGGCAGCAUUGGAUUUAGGGAACUCAGUGCCUUCUUAUAUCAGUAAUUUAGUAGCCAACAAUUGGUUUCCUAAAAAGAUACAAGCAGUUGAGUCGUAUUUGAAAUCAAAGGGACCACCUCCUUUUAUUACUCAACCUGAUCCUGCAUUUGUGCUCUCUGGAAACACAUUGGAUAAAGACAAAGAAGAUGUAAAGUGGAAAACCAUUUAUUCUAACUUUGAUAAAAAGCACCAAUUUGAAAUCAAGACACGAUUAGAAGUUAAUGAAAAUACCAGUAACAAAAAGACACAGCAGCAAAAGACUGAAGAAGGUACAGCUUCGCCUUAUCGCAGACCCAGUCAUCAUACCAUUUCAGCGUCUACUGAUACACAAGGCCGUCGUGGCUCUUUACCAACUACGAUAUUAGCCAAAAAGCGUGUUGUCAUGACACCUUCCUCAAGUGCAACCACCAAUACAACAACACCUUUGACAGAAAAAUCUCCUUCAACAACAAAGUCUUAUACACUUUUACAUACUACAUUUGAUCUUCGAGCCUAUACAAAAGGAUAUGAAAUUGAAGCUCAACUGUACGAUGUAUCAGACUCAAAUCACGUAAAGAACAUAUCCAACAAGCUCGUUCUGUCUAUUUCGGAACCUUCUCUGUCUCAGUUAAUGGACGGUAAAAAGAAAUCUACCAAACAUACCAUUACUGUCAAGACACAACAAGGCGUAUCCUUAUUUAAAUCUAUACCAGCCUUGUUUGAAUUUGAGUUCAAGUUGAUACCUAUACGUCAAGAAGCAGCAACAAGCACAACCAAACUGACUGUAUCUCAUGUUUUGGGUGAAGAUGAAGAUGAUGGAAAAGAAAAAUGGCGUGGUACGAUUAUGGUGAAUGGCAUAGAAGCACAAUUAAACACAGAGGUUCCAUUGAAGUCAUUACUGGCUAAUGAAGAGAAGGCAAUAAAUAGUAACACAAACGAUGAAACGAUACCACAGGAUAAUCGAGGUGACAUUGCUAAUUCAGAGCCAAAUAGUCAGAUAGACAACGAAGCAACCUUGAGUUUAGACGACAAUGCAAGCAAGACACAAAUUGAAAGUGAAAAUUCAUCUCAGUACAUUGGAGGAAGUGUUGUUGCCACUGCACUUGAAAACGUAUCUGCAGGUGUCAAUACAAUUGGCGCUCGUAUGAUGAUUCCUUUUAGAGCAGCAUCCAAUUCAUUUCUUUCAUCUAACAUGAAUGAACAAAUCUCAUUAGAAGAUCAACAAACAUCUUCUGAAGAAGAAGAAGAACAAAAAGAAGAGGCAGGCAUUCGGAUCCAAAGUUUUACGCGAGAAGAAAGACACAAGAUUAGGUCUGUCACUACAUUGCAUGAAGUUCGUUUAUUACGAAAAUCUUCAGAUACCAUGCGAAAGGGCAUGCUCUUGCUCUCGAUUUGUUUAGGACUUGCCAUUGUGUUUGCAUUGCUUUUACUACAGCCAAUGCUAGAAAGAUACUAUGCUUCUUUUGGUGUUUCUUCUACCAUUGCUUCAUUGGAUCAUUCAAUUGAACAAGGCAUUGUUCGUCGAUUGUUACAAAUACCUUGGUUCGGAGGCUGGGAUAUUCAACUGAUUGCUGUUCAAAGACAAAAUUAUUAA